AUGCGCAAUUAUUUCCUUAAACAAGCGCCGUAUCGACGAAAAAUUUUGCAUAGUAAGGAUAAAGUGAUUCCAAUUCAAAAUAUUCUUGUUCCCGAGGUAUUUUGCUCAAUUCUUGUGAAAUUCGGACAAAUUAGUGCUGGACACUGGAUUUGUAAUCCAUAUUCUUUGCCUUAUGAAUGCUUGAUCGCUUCAAUCAGAUUGGAGAAUAGGCCUGAUUUCAAUUUUUAUAGAGAAAUUGAAGAGUGGUAUUACAAUGCAGCUACCAUUUUAAAGACAAAAGAAAAUAUUUAUGAUGCGAAUUAUCAUGAGAUUAUCGAAUUCCUGGGUUUACUUAGGCUGAAACUGGUUGUCCGUGUGGAAGAAAAGAUAUGCACAACAAAGACUAUUGUAAAGGAUAAAGAUCUAAGUAAACCAAAAAUUAAUGAAUCCUUUAAAUGUUUUACCGCAUCGUUUGUAAAAAUUUAA